AAAAUAGAGAACAAGAAAAAAAAGAGAGAGAAAUGGGCUUGGCGCAGAUUGAGGAAUAGUGAGUGCAUAUGGGUGGUGUGGGAGCAACACUCUUUCGUGGAUGACAUUCUUCGUUUCUUCUUCCAUCGAUGCAAUUCUAUUAACUCUCACAUUCACCUUCACAACAACAAAAACAACUACAACAAAAAUGCCAACAACAACGUUAACAACAUUCUCCUCCUGAGAGAGAGACAUUUACGUUCAAACCUCUUCCUUCAACCUUCUCUCCAAGACCCCAAACGCUCCCACAUCAAAUCUUCCUCCAUGGAUCGUAACAAAAAGGGAACAGGGGAGGCAGAGUUUUUUACAGAGUAUGGAGAGGCUAGUAGGUAUGACAUUCUAGAAGUGAUUGGAAAAGGGAGUUACGGUGUUGUGUGUUCUGCUGUGGACACUCAUGCGGGGGAAAAAGUUGCAAUAAAGAAAAUCAAUGAUGUUUUCGAGCAUGUGUCGGAUGCCACACGGAUCCUAAGAGAAAUCAAACUCCUUCGUUUGCUUCGACAUCCUGAUAUAGUCGAGAUCAAGCAUAUAAUGCUUCCUCCCUCACGACGAGAGUUCAGGGAUGUCUAUGUUGUGUUUGAGUUGAUGGAGUCUGAUCUUCAUCAGGUGAUUAAGGCAAAUGAUGAUCUUAGCCCUGAGCACUAUCAAUUUUUCUUGUACCAACUUCUUAGAGGCCUCAAAUUCAUACACACAGCAAAUGUGUUUCAUCGUGAUUUGAAGCCAAAAAAUAUUCUAGCUAAUGCUGAUUGCAAACUAAAAAUAUGUGAUUUCGGACUUGCUCGAGUUUCAUUUAAUGAGGCUCCAUCAGCUAUAUUCUGGACAGACUAUGUUGCAACCCGGUGGUACCGUGCACCUGAACUAUGUGGUUCUUUUUUCUCAAAAUAUACUCCCGCAAUUGAUAUUUGGAGCAUUGGAUGCAUAUUUGCAGAAAUGCUCACUGGGAAGCCAUUGUUUCCGGGAAAAAAUGUAGUGCACCAGUUGGAUCUCAUAACUGACCUGCUUGGUACUCCUCCUGCUGAAACCAUUUCUAAGAUUCGAAAUGAGAAGGCUAGAAGGUACCUUGGUAGCAUGAGGAAAAAACAACCUGUUCCAUUCACCAAAAAAUUUCCAAAUGCAGAUCCUUUGGGUCUUCAUUUGCUGGAGCGAUUACUUGCAUUUGAUCCUAAAGACCGUCCACAAGCUGAAGAGGCACUAAGUGACCCUUAUUUCAAUGGUUUGGCAAAUGUGGACCGUGAACCAUCCACUCAACCGAUUUCGAAGCUGGAGUUUGAGUUUGAGAGGAGAAAAUUGACCAAAGAUGAUGUUAGAGAGUUGAUUUAUCGAGAGAUUUUAGAGUAUCAUCCCCAGAUGCUCCAAGAAUAUCUUCGCGGUGGAGAACAAACAAGCUUCAUGUAUCCAAGUGGGGUUGAUCGAUUCAAGCGUCAGUUUGCACAUCUUGAGGAGAAUCCUGGCAAAGGUGAACGAGGCACUCCAUUGUUGAGGCACCAUGCCUCCUUGCCUAGAGAGCGAGUUCCUGCUCCCAAGGAUGAAAAUGAUCAAAAUGAUAAUGCUGAAAAUCCAAAUGCAGCUGUUGAUGAGUCAGAUUCUGGAAAUCCAGAUGCACAAAACGGACCCUCUAAGCCAAACUGCAGUGCACGUAGCCUGUUGAAGAGUGCCAGCAUUAGUGGUUCAAAGUGUAUAGAUGUGAAAAAAAGUCAUGAUCAAGAGGAGGAGCCACUUACAGAGGUCAGUGAUGAGACUCUGGAUGAGUUGACAAAGGUUGCUUCACUCCAUACUUGAUUCAACGAUUUUGAUCUAACUUUCCAAUGCUCCUCCCCUUCACAAAAGAGAGAAUGAAUUGUUGCAUAGAAACCCUUCACAUUUUUGUUUUUGGCGUAGAAGUUAACUCUAGGACUCUGUUGUAUUUAACUAUCAUUUUUUUACAUCUGCAAGAAGUCAUGUAAGUAUAUAUUUGUGUAAUAGUACUUAUUAUUGCAGCAAAAUGUAUUAUAGUACUUAUUGGAGCAAGUAGGGAUUGUACCAAUCACCUUAAUUCUUCUUUUAUAGCAGAAUUUGGUCUUGCUUUUGCA